GUCGCGCCAUCUCUCUCCAGCCCCGAGCGUUUGUGCCAGGGCUUCGCGGAUCGCUCAGUGAGCCCUCCGCUCGAUCCUUCCUGUGGUGUACGUUGGGCCGUUUUUCCACGGAUUCUUACACAAAUACAUCUUCACGGCUCCCCACCAUCUUCGCUACAUCAUCUACGACGAGACGCCGAACAUCUUCUACCUUGAAGACGCCGAAAGUUGACCCGACGCAGCGUUCCUUGUGCUACCCGUCGACUCUAGCUCCGCGAGAAAGAAAAAAAAAAAGCAAAAGAGAAAAGCACUGGCCCUGCAUCCCGAAACGUGAGUUGAAGCUGUAGCCAGCCCUAAAAAAAAAGAGCAGAAACUCACCAGUGAUUUGCGACGCGGACCUGAACUGUUGCGGUUUUAUCGUUCUGUUUUUUUAGUUGUGCGCGAUUCUGUUCGGUUCGUCGCUGAAAGAAGUGCCUCUUCAUUUUACAAAAUCACCGGUGCAAAUCAAGCGAGCAUCCUACGUUCCUCUUCAAUGAAAAACCUUCGUUCAGAUUGGAUCUGCUUUGUUUAGCAACGCUGUGCUUGGUGCUUUCCAACCGCCGCGAUAGCAGAAGCGGAAAUGUUAUUUCCGAGCAGACGGCUUCAUUCGCUCCGGCCAGGCAGUAUGGCGUUUGCUCCGACGUCGUCUGUUUCGAGUUUGAAGUUGUCACCACUCGAUCCUCACUGAACGGACUGCGGUUAAAACGGAAAAAAAGAAACACGGAAAGAAAAAGAAAUAUCGCGAACGUGAACGUUGGAAGCAGACGAGCGGAAAGUGGAAGAAGUGUCGUCUGCGUGGAAAAUUGGAACUGAAGACCGCCAAUAUUUGUUUCGAAAUCGCUUUCUGUUGUGUCGUCUGCAUUUUUUCGAAGCAAAGCAGACUGCAUCGAGUGAAAGCCGACGUUCACCGAAGGAGGGGAGCAAACGGAUCGGCUAGUCUGCGCCUGCGACGUUCUCGCCGAUUUCUGCUACCCAUGGGGCCGUGCUGCGGCCAGUGAUACGAGAGGAGGGGGGCUCGGGCCCGGGUUUGAAGGCACCCGAAGCUUCGAAUCCCGUCCGACGACGAAGUUCGCUGGCUUCGCACCUCAAGACGUCGCGCCUUUCGAGUCCUGGCACCGCCGACUCGCUGAGCGCAAGCGGUGGGUGCAGGUAUCUUCGAGCACUGGAACAUCAUGGCAUCGUCGACAGCUAGGCCUAACAUGGGGGUCGGUUCUAGUGAACAACACCAUCCUCACUCCGACGAAGAAGGGCCCGGGAGCCCUUCGGCGCCUCAGUCCGACGAGGAUAACGAACAGCCAGAGUACGAAACAGGCCAUGGACACUACUUUACAAAGCGGACUUUUCACAAACCUACCUACUGUCACCAUUGCACUGACAUGCUAUGGGGGCUCAUUGGACAAGGGUAUAUUUGCGAAGUUUGUAAUUUUGUAGUUCACGAUCGAUGCCUCAAGACUGUGGUUUCUCCAUGUUCAACUAUUGCAAUCAAUGUGAUCAAAAACCCUGUGCCCCAUUGUUGGACGGAAGCUGGUCAUCUGAAGAGGAAAUUUUGUAACGUCUGUCGGAAACGAAUAGAAGACAACUGUGCGGUUCGAUGUGAAGUUUGUGAAUACUGUGUACAUUUGGAGUGCCAAGACUUCAGUGUUGCGGACUGCAAGCAGUGCGCAACCUUUGCUCCGAGUAGGAAUAAACCGUCGGUGAUCCAGUUCCACCACUGGCGAGAGGGAAACUUACCUGCCAAUUCCAAGUGCCAGCACUGCAAGAAGACCUGUUGGUCCGCAGAAUGUCUGGCUGGCAUGCGUUGCGAGUGGUGUGGCACAACAGCCCAUGCGACGUGCUACCGCAACCUGAGUCAAGAGUGCAACUUUGGCUGCCUGGCAAGCAUCAUGCUGCCUCCCGUGGCCGUCAGCAUUCCACGCACCGAUGUGCCUCUGGAGACCAUCAUCGGAGUGGAGAUGCGCAGACGCGAAACCAUGGCUCGUUCCACGUACCCCAGCAUAGCAAGAAGCAUAUCGGAAGAAUUCUCAUCAACAGGGGACCUCAAAAGCAAAGAAUUCGACGAUUAUCCAUCACCAAAAGAAAAAGACAAAGAUGAAGAAAUAAUCAAAGUAUAUGACGGUAAUGCCUCUAUGAAGCGAAGGAUGUUUAGGACAAUCACCGUUUCACGAAAUGCGACGAGGGAACAAAUCAUCGGUGCUGCACUACGGGCAUUCCAUAUCUCCGGUGAUCCGAAACAUUACUGCAUCACUGACGUUUACGAUCCCAAUGAGAAAGAACUCGGGGAUUUUAUGCCGGUGCAAAGCCUCACCAGGAGAGAGGGAAAACGACCGGCCAUAUUUCUCAGGUAUCGACCUCCGAACCCAGACCAGGGCUUUAUCAAAGUGUUCCCGGGAAAAUUGAGGGCGGGUGAUAUCUACCGGGUGAUCCCCGUCACGAGCGAUACUAGCGUUGAAGAAAUUAUGAUUCAAGGCCUGGAAAAGUUUGGCCUUGAUUCCUCGGACAUGAACAAGUUUCGACUCUCUGAAGUCACCUUAGACAAAGGAUCGGUGCAUGAAAGAGUAAUGGACAAUCAAGAAAGUCCGUGGGAGUUACUUAGGAAUAUUGCGAGGGAAUCUAUAAGGCAAAAGGACCUUACCAGGUUUUACCUUCAGCAGAAAGAGGAUUGUUACAGUUCCAGUGUUGCCCUCUUCGUUGGAAACCUUCCGCCAAACCUAUCACAAAGACAGUACGAGAAAAUCUUAGUAGACCUUUUAGGAAAACCUUAUAAAUUCAAGCAAAUAGGCCCAAUCUACUACGAGUAUGGUUCCCUUAUCGUCACCUACGACAAUGCAGACAUAGCAGUGAAAGCUUUUUACAUGCUGAGGGAGUCCAGCUUCGAAGACAAGAGCCUUCUAGUUCUCCUCCUCCCCAAUACCAUUCCAGAGAUGAUUCCAGAGGGUGUCAGGCCGCUGCUGGUAUUCGUCAACGUGAAGAGCGGAGGUUGUCAAGGCUUGGAGCUCAUCACGUCUUUCAGGAAGAUGCUGAAUCCCUACCAGGUGUACGACCUGGAGAACAGUGGACCACUACCUGGUCUGUACGUGUUCCGUCACGUCCGGGACUACAAGAUCCUCGUGUGUGGCGGCGACGGCACGGUGGGGUGGGUACUGCAGUGCCUGGACAACGUGGGGCAAGACUCGGAGUGCCAGUCCCCGCCGUGCGCCAUUGUGCCCCUGGGCACAGGAAACGACCUGGCGCGCGUGCUACGCUGGGGUCCCGGUUACACAGGUGGCGAGGACCCCCUCACCCUGCUCAAGGACGUCAUCGACGCGGAGGAAAUUCGCCUUGACCGAUGGACAGUGGUGUUCCACUCGGACGAAAAACCCGAAGAAAAGCCUGGCUCUCUGACCAAUAGUUCAGGUUCCACUUCGGAAGACAGCACCGCCAUCUUUGUCAUGAACAACUAUUUUGGAAUUGGUAUCGAUGCAGACCUAUGCCUUGAUUUCCACAAUGCUCGUGAAGAAAAUCCUAACAAGUUCAAUAGCAGGCUCCACAACAAAGGAGUAUACGUGAAAAUGGGCCUUCGCAAAAUGGUGAGCCGGAAGACUUGGAAGGAUCUGCAGAAGGAAAUCCGGCUAGAAGUAGAUGGGAAAGUCAUUGACCUUCCACCUGUAGAGGGCAUCAUAAUCCUCAACAUUCUCAGUUGGGGUUCCGGUGCAAACCCGUGGGGUCCCGAGAAAGAAGACGUCUUUUCUAAGCCUACGCACUACGACGGGAUGUUGGAAAUCGUCGGUGUUACGGGCGUCGUGCAUAUGGGACAGAUUCAGAGCGGACUUAGGAGCGCCAUACGCAUCGCACAAGGAGGCCAUCUGCGGAUACGGCUAAAUACUGAAAUGCCUGUCCAAGUGGAUGGAGAACCCUGGAUCCAGAGCCCAGGGGAAGUCGUCGUGCUCAGAUCCGCUCUCAAAGCCACUAUGCUCAGAAAAAGCAAAAUGAAGCGACGCAACACAGAGCCAAUGCUGGCGUCCUCCAGUGGAGAAAAAUCCUCCGAGGACUGACGCGGACAACCAGACACUGCAGCCUCGAGCAAACAACAACAACAACAACAACAUCCCUCGUUUGAUGAUGAUGCUGCUGCCACCUCUGGAGACGUCACGCGUUCCGGCUGUCGUCGACAUCGGCGGCGGGCCUCUGGCCACCCUGUGUUGGUUUUCCUACGUGCGUGCUGCUGCGGUGCUGUAUACUUACUUGGCCCAUCCGAAAGUGACGUCGUCUGAUUUCUGUGCUGGUUUGAGCGUCCGCUACUUCAGCCGAACAUCCCUCUACGGACCACUUCCGCGACGGUUCUUCAACGACACCUUUUUUUUUUCUUUCUUGUAACAGUCUUUUUUUUUUUUUUUAUCUUCUUGAGUGACGUCUUUGGCUUGUGGAUCAAAGACCUUGUUUUCCUCGAUAUUGGUUCGGUAUGUUGUUGCAACAGUUUGUGUUGUUUCGCGAGCCGUCCUUCUGCCCCGAAAUGGGGAGCCGCGAUUGGUUGGCGCUCGCGACGUCAUAAGCAGAGCGGCCGGACGGAGCGGAACGCCGCCCCCCUUUUUUUUUCCCCCGUUUAGGGAGCGUACGUUACGAAGCUAGGGAAAAGCGAGUGGGCAUUUAUUUACUUUUUUGAGAUACGGUGUAGUGAUUCCGUUGCGUCGUUGCUUUUUAUUGGGGGAACACUUUCUCAUAGUUUACGUUACAACCUCGUUACGAGACGAACAGGCUCAUUCCACGAAGAACUCUUCGAGCGAAUCACGCUUGUACAAAGAAAAAAAAUGACAAAAAAAAAAAGAGAGAGAGAGCGAGAGCGAGAGUACCGAGACAAAACGAGAGAUGUGCGGCUGCGAUCCGCAAUCCUGCCUGCUUGUGUUCGUACUAAAUAAUGUUUACUAUAGGCUAAUAGUGCUAGUACUUUAAACGAAAUAAAUCUAGUACAGCAGUAGCGAGUAGCGAGGGGAUCGAACGAGAGAGAGAGAGAAAAAAAAAAGGACGGCUGACGCAGUGCAAACCACAGCAUCACGUACAAGUUCCCCCGAAUAUUUCCCCCUCACCCGCCACCCCCACCCCCUCCAACCUCGAAGGAGACACAACCGGGGGGAGAGAGAGAAGACGAGCCCAGAACGCGGCCUGUGUUGCUUUUUAGGCGGCAAAAUGUUUAGCCGGUAACCCCCCCCUCCCCCCCCUUUUUAGGUGAAAGUUUUUACGGUUGUCAAAAUACUUAAAACAUAUAAUAUGAAGUACCACGUGUAAUGUAUAUGCAAGGACGGUAGUUGUAUUUAAAAAAAAAAAAAACAUCUCGCACGUUGUUGCUUGUUCCUUUUUGAUUUGCUGAAGGAAGUGCUGUUGUGAGAAUUUGAACCGGAUGUCUUUCUUUCUCCUUUUUCUUUUUUUUUUUCCAUUUCACGUGAAAGGCACAUGGAGUUUGAGAAACGCAGUGCACAAAAUGGUUCGGCAUCAUCACCUGUGACCGUUCGAACACUUUUUACGUUUCUUGCUUUGUGAGAUGUGCUUUUUGUGUGACCGGGAGUUGCCAGCUGUUGCGACAAUUUUUUUUUUUUGUCCGUUUCUCUUUUCAUCUUUUAUCUUCUUAUUCCGGUCCUUGCAAUACAUUGUGUCCGUUCGACUGUACAUCAACCCGCCUUGAUUUCCUUUCGCAGCUUACACGAUCAGGCUGACAUGUGUCAGAGAUUUGUUUGGAUGUUGUCGGGCGUGUUGGUUGGUCAUCUGCUCUUGCAAGUCGACCUGCGUUUGGGUAGAUACCGUGCAAUAUAAAGAUUAUACGGACAACUCUUCAAGUUCUUUUUUUUAAUUUAAAUAAAAAUUGUGCAAUUUGCGAGCUACAGUAUGUUUUGGUGAACCUAUGGGCAGUGACAUUUAGAAUUGUCGUAACUUGCUGUUAUCGCCGUAGUAAGGGUUUUUUGCUCGUCCGCCAAAAACGGUAACAUGAAGGAGGUCGACAACCACGUUAUGCAGCGGCGUAGAAAUGUUCUUCGUGUUUUUUUUUUGCGCCAUAUUUGAAACCUGACAGCGGAAACUUUACAGAUAAAAAAAAAAUUCAACAUUCUUAAAGCCUAAACAUUUUUAAACGUUGAACACGGUGGCAGGUCCGAUGGUCUGCACGACUUCCUCCGCAACCCACCCCCCUCCCCUCCACCCCUCUCCCCGUGGACACCCUUCUUCUCCUCUCCCGUGGAAAACAAGAUGGCCGACGUAUCUUUUUUUUGUACAUCUUUUUUUUUUUUUUCAAUGCUGCUUGAAUUUUUUUCACCCCUUAUUGUCUGCAGCAGCUUCCCGUGUCCGCUUCCUCCAUGUCGAGCUCUGGCUUUUUCUCAACAGUCAGAUCAUAAAAGUACAAACUACGGAUAACUGUAUAAAUAAUGAAAGGCUGUUUCCACAACAUAUAUAUAUAUAAAUAAAUAUAUAUACAUAUAUAUAUAUAUAUAAAGACGGUCUGAAAGGGGUGAAAGGCAACCUGUACUAACAGCAUUUUCCGAAAGAACGCAUUUAGAUGGAAAAAAACAUGAAUGCGGGGGUAAAAAAAAAAAAAAAAUUGGUGUGCACGAUGGUCAUUGUUAAAUGCCUGUUCUCGAUGUUUACCAUGACAAUUUUGUUGUACUCCAUUUUUGUUAUGCUUCUAUUAGUCAUAAAUUUUACGAGAGAUUUUCAUUUGGCUGCAUGUUCAGGUUCGUUAGUAGGAAAUAACUUUUAAAAUGUUGUUACAGGUGACAUAUUGAAAACAUGCCUGUAGGUGGAGUAACAACCUUUUGAGAUUUGCUGAUAAACCUCUCGAUAAAUCUUCCCUAUAAAUGUGCAUACCCUAUUCAGGAGUGCACAUAUUCCCUACAUUGAAAAUAUCAAAAUUAUCUAAUGUCAUUAUUUUUGUAUUAAAGGUACGGGCUAUUGAGUCAAAGAAAAAUCAAAUGUGCAUACUGCGGAGCAUGUUGUAUCCAAGAGGCCAGUGUUUCUUGAUUUUGGAGCAGAAGCUUCAGGAAAAAAAAAUCCAGCAAUAUUUGCUUUCUGUAAAUAUUCAAUUCAAUCAAAUGCUGUCUCAAAAGUCGUAAGUGCGGAGCCGUAGGUAUAUCAGAGGUGUUUUCUCCUGUAAGCUUUUGGCGGCUUGCAGCCUGCGAUAGAAAGAGCAUGUGAACAGGCUCAAUUACUAUUAAAUUACUACUCAAAUUUGUCCAAAUUUCAACCAAUAGGUAUAGUACCACCGUGCACAACAACAAAGACUGCCUGGAUGAAAGAUAAUGUUUUCAGUGUACUUCUUAGAGCAUUUCACUGCUAAUUAUUUUAGACAGUGUCUGUUUUUCACUUAGACUCGUUGCUUCUCGCAGUAGUAAUUACACACCUUCUAAAAAAAUAACUAAUAAUAAUAAUAAUACUAAUAAAACCCACAGGGAGGCGAGGCGCACAACAUACACUCACAAACAUACACGAGACACAAUAUAUAUAAAUAUAUAUAUAUAUAUAUAUACGUUUUUGUACAUAAAUGUAUAUCAGCUGCGAUUUUCUGGUGCCAGAAUUUUCUUGCGUUCAGGAUUUUUGCAAGAGCGUGUGAGUGUGAGGUUAAAAAAAAAAAAAAAGAAGAAGUAUGUUUCUCUUUUUUUUUCUUUCAUCAUUUAUUUUUUAGCAUGCAUGUCACACGGAAGCUUUCCCAACUCUUAGGACACGACAACAUGAACGUGUGUGUGAGUGUUACACAUUGACAGGAUUAAAAAAAAAGAGAAUGAACAUUUGAAAAAAAAAAAAACAUGUACAUAAAUAACGGUAAGCGUAUACCAUUUAUUUGUGUAGUCCUAUAGGUCGUCGAAACACGGACCCUUUCGUUAUUUGCCCGUUUAGUCUCGGCGGUACAUUGUGAAAUUGAUGAGGUGAGGUCUGAUACGUCAAAUGUGACAAAGGGGACAGGCCGGUUAGCCGGAUCAUAGAUUCGUGUACGCAGGGAUGUACGAGGAAGGCAACAUUGUUAUCGUACGUUUGGUCUCGUACGUAUGUCGCGUUAGGGUCUCCAAAUGUAACCUAAAAAAAAUGUAACGUCGACAUAAUUUAAGAACUUGUGAAGUUGGUGUUGGUCAAAAUGAACCUGCCUUGGUCAGAAAACGUUAUCAUCGUCAGACGAUGCCUUUUACGCAGGUUUCAGUAACGAGAAUUUUUAUAAAAAUUCAGGAACUUCAGGCGCAUUUUCUUCAAUGAAAGUUUUACCGCCGGCCAUUAAACCACACAUACAUUGCACUAGGCUUUCGAAAAUACUGUAAUAAAAAUGUACCAUUGAUGUAGUUUGAGAACGUGCAACUCGUCCAAGUAAAAAAAAACGAUUAUAAUUUGUGGUUUCUAUUUAGCUGGAGCCUCUAAUGGUAUAUUGACUUGACAAAUAUCGCAUAAAAGGUUUCUUUUUAAAUUUGCUACACCUGGAGGGAUAUUUUCCGAAAUGAAACAGGCCACCUCACAUAAAAGAGUGACAAGUUGCAGCAAACCGGUUGUGACGGGGAAAAUCCGUUGAGCGUCGAAGGUUAGAUAACUGCGUGUCUCCUCAAUAUUCAGCUUUAAAAAGUGCAACUGUUGUGAAUGAAGCGUGCGACUUUUCAUUCUCUCGCACCACAGCUUUUUAGAUGGCACAGAAUGUCGCAUUAUUAACUCAAAAGUUACGCCACGUGUGUUGUGCCGACAAUACUGUAGCACAACGGCCGUUUUCUCGGUCUUCCGAAGUGUUUGAAACCUCUCUCUGAAAGUUUCACACAUGCGUUUUCCUUUUCUUUCUUGUUUCUGUUCCUAUUGUUUUCAAUAAAAAAAAAAGUGGUAAUAUUAUGCACUUGAUCUUCAUCAAGGAAUAUGUACUUGAGAUCUUUCGGUCAUUGUCAUUAGGUAAUAAAAGCAGAUGUUUCUAGCGGUACCGACUUGCGAA